AUGCCCCAGAAUGGAUUCUCGGAGGGGGCCGGUUACCUCAAGUGUGAUACAGAUGAUGCUUCAGAGACCCGGGAAGGGAGCGUGAGCGAUGAGGUCUUCGACACGGUUGACUCAUCCAUCUUGUCUGCCGAGGCCGAGAAAGUCCGCUUCUUUGUGAACGUGAACCUGGAAGUGCAGCCUACCCAGGCUGGUGAGAACGAAACUUCUGGAGACUGUGGGCUCCUCUACACCUCCCGUAAGUACAUGAAGGUAAAGAACUUCGGGGAGGAAAUUCGCGCACACCGGGAUCUCGAUGGCUUCCUGGCACGGGCCAGCAUCGUCCUGCAGGAGACGGCCACCUCGCUGGAUGACGUGCUGCGGGCCAUGCUGUAUCGCCUGACCCAUGACCCCUGCAACCCCGAGCCGCCCUGCAGCCUGGACCAGCUUAUGGCCACGCUUUUCACCGAUGUCGAAGCCCCGAUGGGAGGGAAGGUCCACCUGCUGUUGGAUAUCAUCCAGGGCGUCACGGCCACAGCCACCGGGGUGCAGUACCAGCAGUCGUGGCUCUGCAUUAUCUGCACCUCCAAAGCCCUGCUGAAGCGACACGUGUGCAUCAGCCGACUGGUACGCCCGCAGAACUGGGGGGAGAACUCCUGUGAGGUGCGCUUCGUCAUCCUGGUGCUCACCCCACACAAGAUGAAAAGCACCAAGACUGCCCUGGAGGUGGGGCGCACAUUCGCCACCAUGUUCCUAGACAUCACCUUCCGCCAGAAGCUGCUGAGAACCCGAACAGAGGAGGAAUUCAAGGAGGCCCUGGUACAUCAGAGACACCUGCUGAGCAGGAUGGGCCCGUACAAGACAGCUUCUGCCUACAAGAACUCCAUCCUCCCCACGAGACCCCUGCAGCCUCCAAAGUGUAAGGAUUUUCUCUCACUGGGCAAGGGCAUCCGGGACGACAUCGCCCGCAGACUCCCCCUGUACCCACUGGAUUUCACAGAUGGCAUCAUCGGAAAAAACAAGGCGGUGGGCAAGUAUAUCACAACCACCCUGUUCCUCUACUUCGCCUGUCUCCUGCCCACCAUUGCUUUUGGCUCCCUCAACGAUGAGAACACGAAUGGGAACAUUGAUGUACAGAAGACCAUGGCUGGGCAGAGCAUAGGGGGCCUCUUGUAUGCGCUGUUCUCCGGGCAGCCGCUGGUGGUGCUGCUGACCACUGGACCCCUGGCCCUCUACAUCCAAGUAAUCCGUAGUAUUUGUGACGACUACAGUCUGGAUUUCAAUGCCUUCUACGCAUGGACAGGCCUGUGGAACAGCAUCUUCCUUGCGCUCUACGCGCUCUUCAACCUCAGCCUGCUCAUGAGUCUUUUCAAGAGGUCUACAGAGGAAAUCAUCGCGCUGUUUAUUUCCAUCACCUUCGUGCUGGAUGCUGUCAAGGGCACGGUUAAAAUCUUCCAGAAGUACUACUACAACCACAACACUGCAGACCAUCACAAUGGCGGCGCUUCCCUACACAGCCUGCUGGGCUUCAACUCCAGCCUGCAUGCAGCCCUCAACACCAGCCUCCUGGCCAGUCCCACCGGCAUGAUCCCAGAGAGCAGCAACACGGAGCACCCGGGCCGGGAGACAGCCAUGUUCAGCCUUCUCACCAUGCUGGGCACGCUGUGGCUGGGCUACACCCUCUAUCAAUUCAAGAAGAGCCCCUAUCUGCACCCCACCAUGCGCGAGAUCCUGUCUGACUGCGCCCUGCCUAUCUCCGUGCUCACCUUCUCCGUCAUCAGUUCCUGUGGCUUCCCAGAAAUCAAGAUGAGCAAGUUCCGGUACAACCCCAGUGAUAGCUGGUUUGAGAUGGCCAACGUGCAGUCCCUGUCCUUUGGGGCCAUCGUCAGCGCCAUGGGCCUCGGCUUCCUGCUCUCCUUGCUCUUUUUCAUCGAGCAGAACUUGGUGGCCGCUUUGGCCAAUGCUCCGGAGAACAGGCUGGUGAAGGGCACUGCCUACCACUGGGACCUCUUUCUUGUCGCCGUCAUCAACAUGGGGCUAUCUCUCUUCGGGCUGCCCUGGAUCCACGCUGCCUACCCCCACUCCCCGCUGCAUGUACGUGCACUGGCACUGGUGGAGGAGCGGGUGGAGAAUGGACACAUCUACGAGACGAUCAUGAGCGUGAAGGAGACGCGGCUGACCACGCUGGGCGCCAGCAUGCUGGUGGGCUUCUCCCUGCUGCUGCUGCCCUUCCCGCUGCAGUGGAUCCCCAAGCCCGUGCUCUACGGCCUCUUCCUCUACAUCGCGCUCACCUCCAUCGACGGCAACCAGCUGGUGGAGCGUCUGGUCCUGCUGCUCAAGGAGCAGACUGCAUAUCCACCCAACCACUACAUCCGACGCGUGCCUCAGCGCCAGAUCCACUACUUCACGGGACUACAGGUUCUGCAACUGCUGCUGCUCUGCGCCUUCGGCAUGAGCACCCUCCCCUACAUGAAGAUGAUCUUCCCCAUCAUCAUGAUCGCUAUGAUCCCCAUCCGCUACAAUCUGCUGCCCCAGAUCAUCGAUGCGAAAUACUUGGACGCCAUGGAUGCCGAGCACUGA